AUGAACAGGAAUCCUCCAAACCGUGUGAGACCUCACGCGUCCCGAAGAGGAAGGGGAGGAUGGCAGAAGCAGCGGCGCGAGGGAGAGAGAAACAGGUCCGAACGGGGUUCGGACUCUGGUUCGGGAACAGCCCCGGACUCAGUUCCCCGGGGUACUUGCACGACAAUGUGCCCUGCCCGUGAGCUCAAGGAGCGGGAGGCCCAAAAUCGACUUCACUGUUUUGAGAUGUUAGCUGGUACGGAAAGGGACCGACUGCCCAAAGCUGACGUCUCUCGCACAGUCAAGGAGUACUCCCGGCCCGCAGCAGGGAAAGACUCCACACGACCCAGUGACCUCCGGCCUCCUGCGGUUCUCUUGAAGACUGUGAACUUUUUGAUCGAUGACAUCGCCGCUUCGCCCUCUCUUCAGCAGUGGACAGAGGUCUACGGUUUCGUGUUCGACCGGCUGCGCAGCGUGCGGCAGGACAUGAUCAUACAGCGAGUGUCGGGGCCGGACUGCGUCGCCGUGCUGGAGCGCACGGUGCGUUUCCACGUCUACGCCUCCUACCGCCUGUGUGGGGCGCCGCUGAGACACUACGAUCCCCAUAUCAACGACACACACCUACAGGAGAGCCUCAGCUGGCUGCUGGAGUGUUACAGCCACGGCCAACACCCAAAUCAAGAGGAGUUUUAUGCCCUCAAUCUACUCUAUAACCUGGGUUCAUCCUUUGCCAUGCAGCAUGUUCUGGAGCUGCCGGAGCGGGUCCGUUCCUCCCCAUCAGUCCGCCUGGCGCUCGCCAUCAGCCGGGCUUAUCUGGAGCGGAACCCCGUCCGUGUUCUCCGACUCGCUCGCCAGUUGACCUUCCUGCAGGGCUGUGCUCUCCAUCGCCACCUACUGGCCUGCAGGACGGAACUGCUCCUGCUCUAUAGUCACGGACACAGCAGCCGCAACUGCCGUUUUCCUUUAGACAGACUCUCCCUCGUCCUCUCUCUGGACGAGCCCCUCACUACCCAGCUGUGCCAAGCACACGGGGUGCAGGUCAACGGGGACUGGGUCGCCUUCUCCAAAACGGGCUUCGCCGAGACCCCCUCUGGGGACUUUCAGUGUAGGCAGACGCACAAACUACUGGACAGUAAGCAGAAGGAUCUCUCUGUCUCCAGCAUCAUUCAUGGCUGUGUUUAGAGAACGGCCCUGCAGUACGCUGGUUAUAGGCGUACAGGUCGGUGGAUCUCAAAACGUGUUCUCGAAGGAGAAUGGGGAAAUGCUGCACUUUGUUGCACAGA